CUGGGUGUGUUUAAACAGGUCAGUUUAUGCAUUAAGGAUAGAUGCUGGCACCAGUCCGGUUCGAUCUGCCGUCCUGUAUACCGAACUCCUGUAGCCAUGAAUAUAUUUCGGUUUUUUGGAGAUGCUUCACAUUUUGCAGCUAUAAUAAUCUUACUACUGAAGAUUUGGAAAACACGAUCUUGUGCAGGUCUGUCAGGACGUAGUCAAAUUGCAUUUGCUAUCGUGUUCACUACACGUUAUGUUGACCUCCUCACAACCUAUGUGUCUCUAUACAAUUCGCUUGCAAAAAUCAUCUUCAUAGUUUCGUCUUAUGCAACGUUGUAUUUAAUAUAUUUUAGAUUCAAGGCUACAUAUGAUGGAAAUCACGACACAUUCCGACUGGAGUUCCUUCUUGUUCCAUGCGCUGUGUUAGCAUUGAUCGUCAACCAUCGUUUUCGACUCAUCGAGAUACUAUGGACCUUUUCUAUAUACUUAGAAUCAGUAGCCAUCCUACCACAGUUGUUUCUUAUUAGCAAGACUGGAGAAGCAGAAACCAUCACUUCACACUAUUUAUUUUCACUUGGCUCUUAUCGUGCCUUGUACAUACUCAACUGGAUAUAUCGAUAUUACAUCCAGAACUAUUACGACUUGAUAGCUAUCGCUGCAGGUGUUCUGCAAACUUUACUAUAUUGCGAUUUUUUUUACCUAUAUAUAACUAAAGUAAUUAAGGGGAAAGCCUUUUCUCUUCCGGCGUAGCAUCUUGAUCAAAUGAAUAAUCGUUCCUCAUCCACGUGAAUGUCGCAAUAAAAACUCACUAGCUUAGCAUCGUUUCUACUAUCCGGUGUGAAAAAGUCCCAAACUAUAACUUCGUGUUUGCUGUAUUGAUGGUGGACAGGAUGCAACUGGUUGUUUCUUGUAUAAGCCCUGUCUUAGUCUGUGCAUUACCUUUGAAUAAUAUUCAAAACUUAUCUUUAUGGCUUUCCUGUGAUUGAUUUUUAAUGUGCUUGCAUCCCUACUCCUAUCUGCGCUUCAGCACUGUGCGCUUGUACACCUAGACUCGUUUUUAGGAUGUUUUAUUCACUGAAUUUGUUACUGAUCCUUCACUUCUGUUUUUCUAAUUUUUCAGCCAAGUAUUUCGUUUCUAUAAUAAAACCGUACGUGCC